ACUCCCGUUUCCCUCGCCUCUGCCGGCCUUAGCCCUGAUCCACCAGACACCGCUGUCUGUCUGUCCUUCUCUCUGUCUCUGGCAAGGGGUGUGCGUUUAGAUCCCUAGAUACCGCCUGGCCAGGACAAUAUUACGGAUCGCUCGCUGGGGUGGGCAGUGACUUGCUCUAAACUUCGGAUGUUGACUGAAGAAGGGGGGGCAGGUUGGGACGUGGGCGGCGUUUGUCCGACUGGAAUGGGAAACACUACACCGCUCUGCUGAACUACUGGAACGAGACUAACCGUUCAGAGUAGCUGCGCCAGGCUGAGCUGAAGGUGCCCCCGCCUCCCACCUGCCCCGCCCGCCCCGGGCAGUGGAGCCCAGCUCUCCCCGGCACCAUGGCCGCAUGUGAGCUGACCGAGCUGGAGACAGCCAUUGAGAAAAUCGUCAGCAUCUUCUUCACCUACGCGGCCCGGGAGGGCAAGAAGGGGACCCUGACGGCUGGGGAGUUCAAGGAGCUGGUCACUCUGCAGCUGCCCAACCUCAUGAAGGACGUGGGCUCCCUGGAUGAGAAGAUGAGCAGUCUGGACGUGAACAACGACGAGGAGCUGAAGUUCAGCGAGUACUGGCGGCUGAUCGGGGAGCUGGCCAAGGACAUCAAAAAGGAGAAAGUGGGGAAGAAGAAGUGAUCAGGGGCAGGGAGGGCUGCUUGGGGCCGACCUGCUCACUCCAGCCAUGAAUAAAACGUUCCCUCCA